AUGGCCUUUGACGCUUCCCUGGCCAAACUCCAAGCAGAAGCCAGCUGCCCCCUCUGCCUGGAUCACCUGAGAGACCCAGUGACAAUUGACUGUGGGCACAACUUCUGUUCCUCCUGCAUCCACCAGCGCUGGGAAGGUCUACGGGGCACCUUUCCUUGUCCUGUCUGCCUCCACCACUGCCCUGACAGGAGCUUGAAGAGGAACCCCCAAAUAUGUCACAUGACUGAGAUUGUUCAGCAGAUCUCCACCUCAGGGAGCCAGAGGAAACUGCAGGAAGAAAUACCCCUGUGUGGGAAGCACAAUGAGGCUCUGACCCUGUUCUGUGAGGAAAACAUGGAGCUGUUGUGUUCCCGGUGCAGGGUCUCCUCCGACCACCAGGAUCAGCACCUGAUCCCCAUUGAGGAAGCUGCAGCUAGUCACAGGUGGGUGCUCAAAGAGUAUAUGGCAGACUUCACUAAUCACCUUGAAAAUAUUGAAAAGGUAUAUAAAGUCCAAUUUGAAAAUACUCCAUUGGUAAGGAUCAGAGAAUGGAGGGAUAAACUGUACAAUGAAUUUAGAGAACUUAAAUCUUUCUUGGAAAUAGAGAAGAGUGAACUUGAUAACGCUCUACUUACGGAAGAGAAUGAUGUUGAAGGAAAACUAGUUAAAAAUAGAAGGCAAAUUUCAUACCACAUGUUCAGGCUAAACACUCUGUUAACUGAAAUAGAAGAGAAGUGUUUGCAGACAGACCGGGUCUUACUCACGGGUAUUGAAAGGAUCCACAACAGCUAUGGAAACCUAGAGACGCCUGCAGUCUUUUCAUAUGAAUUAAAGGAGGUGAUUUUCACUCUCCCCCCACAUUAUGUGGGCCUGCAUAAAAUGACCCGCACGUUUCAGGUAGAUUUGACACUGGAUCCUGAAACAGCCCAUCCAAGUCUCUUUAUCUCAAGUGAUAGAAAAAGUGUGACAUAUAGGGGACUAGAUGGUCAUUCCAAUCCCCAGACACUUUCUUAUGCAGAUGUCCUGAGUUCUGAGGGAUUUGAUGCUGGCAGGCAUUUUUGGAUGGUAAACAUAGAAGGUAGAGGUUUAUAUUACUUAGGUUUGUGUAAAGCAUCUUUCCCCAGAAAUACUCUCAUAUCAGCAUCCCCAAGCAACGGAUGCUGGCAACAUCAGCUCUGGAAUCAUACUGAAGAACGGAAAAUUGGCAUUUUUCUGGACUAUGAGUUGGGAGAGGUUUCAUUUUAUAAUUUGAAUAAUAGGUCAUACAUGUAUGUAAUCACUGAUACAUUUACAGAGAAACUUAUGCCUUGUUUCUCCAUUGCAUUGGCUUCAGAAUCUCUUACAAUCAGCAUCAUCAGAGUGAAGUGAUAAACAAUUAGGAAGAAAUUUUGUAUGUGCUUAUUUUCUUCCCUUGUU